AGACUUCAUUUCGUACACUUAGAGAAAGAAAGAAAGAAAGAAAUUAAAGAGAGAAAUAUAUAUAUUCUCUAGUUUCAUAGUAAAUUAUGGAUCAAGUCCUCCUCAUGAUCAAGCCUUAUAAUUCCAUGUUUAGUUCCAUUGCCCUAUUUUUGUUUUGUAUCUUAUUCUCAAGCCCUAUAGUGUCAUCUCAACUUGACUAUAGAUAUUAUGAUAAAACUUGUCCAAACCUUACGAAGAUCGUUCGUAAUGGUGUUCGUUUAGCUAUCUCCAAUGAUACAAGAAUGGCUGCCUCUCUUUUGAGGCUUCAAUUUCAUGAUUGCUUUGUCAACGGUUGUGAUGGGUCUAUAUUAUUGGAUGAAACAAGCUCACUCAAGGGGGAGAAAAAUGCAGUGCCUAAUAAAAAUUCAGUGAGAGGUUAUGAGGUUAUUGACAGUAUCAAAUCUGAUGUUGAGAAAGCUUGCCCAUCAACCGUUUCUUGCACUGACAUUCUCACUCUUGCUUCUAGAGAUGCUGUUGUUUUCGCUGGAGGCCCAUUUUGGAACGUUCAGUUGGGCCGUAGAGAUAGUAGAACAGCUAGUGAUGAGGAUGGAGUUGUGAAGCAGUUACCGUCGCCUUUUGAGCCCUUAGCUAAUAUCACUGCUAAAUUCACUUCAAAAGGUUUUGACUCAAAGGACGUUGUUGUUCUUUCAGGUGCUCAUACAAUUGGAUUUGCUCAAUGCUCAACGUUCAAGAAAAGGCUAUUCAACUUCGAGGGAUCAGGAAAUCCUGAUCCAUCACUAGACUCCUCACUUAUAAAGAACUUAAAAAGUGUGUGCCCUAACCAAGACGAUUCAGAUACCAACUUGGUUGCUUUAGAUGCUUCAUCUUCAUCCAAAUUCGACAAUGGCUUCUUCAAAAACCUAGUCAAUAACUCAGGGCUUCUCCAGUCUGACCAAGCUCUCAUGACAGAUAAUUCUACUGCGUCUAUGGUCAAGACCUAUGUUUACUUUCCUUCUUCCUUCUUUAGGGACUUUGGAGCUUCCAUGUUUAAGUUGUCUAAUUUGGGUGUGCUCACUGCAAAAGAUGGAGAAAUUAGGACCAAUUGUAGAGCUUUAAAUUAAUUAAAACAAAUCUAAUUUUAUUAUAUAAAUAUAUAUAAUACUAGAAAUGUGACAAUCAUGACUAGCUACUAUAUAGGUAUGUACGCGUAUUGUACUCUUAUCUCUUGUAGUUUUUAUAAUAUUAAUUAAGGGCUUCUUGCUUUA